CAAGUGUCACAUUCAGAAUCUGUCAAAACAAAUUGGUCAAUGAUACUUGUGUCGAAAUUUCCUUAAUUUACCAACAAAAUGGGUCUCUUUGGCAAAUCUAAUGAUCGAAAUCCAAAAGAAAUGGUAAACGAGUGGUCACACAAACUACGCAAAGAAGGAUACAAUUUGGAUAGACAAAUCCGAGCAAUACAGCGCGAAGAGGAAAAGAUAAAACGUUCGUUAAAGGAGGCAGCCACAAAAAACGAUAAGCAGGUGUGCACAAUAUUGGCGAAGGAAAUCAUACGGUCACGGAAGGCCAUCAGUAAAAUAUACACUAGCAAAGCACAUUUGAACUCAGUACAAAUGCAGAUGAAGAACCAGUUAGCUACUUUAAGAGUUGCGGGGUCAUUGCAAAAGUCCACUGAGGUAAUGCAAGCAAUGCAAGCCCUCAUCCGUCUACCAGAGAUAGCCAACAUCAUGCAGGAGAUGAGUAAAGAGAUGAUGAAGGCCGGCAUCAUCGAGGAGAUGCUGGAUGAGACCAUGUCUGCGGUGGAGGAUGAGGAGGAGAUGGAGGAGGCGGCGCAGAGUGAGGUCGACAAGGUGCUAUGGGAGCUCACGCAGGGUAAACUGGGGGAAGCGCCGGCGCCGCCCACGGCCGUCGGGGCGCCGUCCACGAGCCGCGAGGCGGAGCCCGUGCCCGACGAGGCGGAAUUGGACGAGAUGCAGACAAGACUCGAGGCGCUGCGAUCUUAGUGAUACGAAACUUACUUAUAAAGGACUCGCUAGAUGGCAUGGAGCGUGAAGUCUGCUAUUGCCUUGUAUUUUGUACAUAAUAAGUUUUUAGAGAAUCGCUUAGCGUUUAAAGUUGUGCAUUUUCGAAUAUUUACAAUAAUUUUUAUUAUAAAGUGUAUUUAUUUACUUAUUGGCAGAACUAACUUCACAUUACUUUCUGUAUUUCAACCUACAAAUAAAUUGGUAACUGAUUAUUUUUAAGGUUUAACCACCUGAGUCCCUUAUAAAGGAUUUAAUCGAAAUCGAAUUUUGAAGGAACACAAGAAGGUUCCAAAUUCAAAACUGCAAUAAUGACAAGGGGGGCUCAGGAAGUUAAGAACCCAUACAACGUAUACAAAUAUAUAAUGCAAAACGUCGCCUUUGUCUUAGUUCGUGACGCUCGAAAGAUCUUUAGGGUGUACGGUGCACGCUAGCUGGUUAACGAAAAAUAGUAGCAACAACUGGGGGCCUACCGCGAACCACGUCCGACGUGUUGCCUCCCAAUCACACUUACGUAUGAAUUUAUAAGUGCGACAGAGAGGCAACACGUCGAACGUGGUUCGCAGUAGGCCCUCGGAUAGCGGACGCCCUUAGUCUCUGUGAUAGAAUAAGAAGGGAACCGUUUUUUUAUUAGGUAUAGUUUAUUUGUUAUUUUAUUAAUAAAUUUCACGCUAAUUUUCUUCCAAUAUUUGAUCACUUUUCUCUAACUUAGUUCAGAUUUAGCUGUUAUAAUAUAAUACAUUAAGAAAGUGUUAUUUAAUCUUGUAUAAUUCGUUUCCGAUGUUACCUGUAUGUAAUUUGGCAUGUUUUAUACAGGAUGUUUUUUUAGGGAUUCAAUUACAAAAGUUAUUGUAUAAUUAGUAAUUACCAUUGUUAUAAACAUGCUGUUGUAGCUUGAAUGUGAAGUUUAUACGAUUGAAAUAAAUUAAUGCACUAAUCAUA